AUGUUUGUAAAAAGAUGCAUGUUUGAGACACCUGACUUGUUAGCUGAACCUGAAUUUCAGGUUCCCAGCCUCAUCUUUGUCCUGAUUGUCUGCAUGUUCCUGGCCCCCACUGGAAGGGAAGUUACUUGGCCAGAGAACAGAGAGCAAGUUUUUUUGCAGUACGUCAUCCUGCGAGCAACACAGGAUUGCAAUAACGUCACUAUAGGUCCCGGCCUCCAGCUCCAGAGAGAUCCCCUCUCAUCGCAGGAGUCCUGGGCUGGAGGAGCCCGGCCGAAACUGGCAACGCCCCCAGGCGCCAGCCCCUGCCCGCGGAGCCCGGCUGCCAUGAGAUGCUUCCCAAAGCGCUUGCUCGCCACUGCCCUGACGCUCCUGGGUCUGCUCCUGCUCCUCAGCCUCUGCCUGCAGCGCCCGGAGGACCCACUGGUGGAGGAGGUGAAGCGCUGGGUCCAGGAAAUGGUGCUGCAGCAACUCCAACCCGACGGGAACCUGCGCAGCUUCCAGGAGCUGUGGAACGCUUCUGCCUCCAGGAACGUCUCCUAUCGCUACCUUGCCGGCCACCCCCCCUCUAGGAAGAAGUUCCUCACUGUGGGGCUGUCAUCUGUCAAGCGGAAGCGAGGCAACUACCUCCUGGACACGCUGAAGUCCAUCUUCAAGCAGUCAACCCAGGAGGAGCUGGAGGAGAUGGUGGUGGUGGUGCACCUGGCUGACCCAGACUCGGAGUGGAACACCCAGGUGGUGACGGACAUUACCGCAAGAUUCACUCCCCACCUCCUCCGGGGCCAGCUGCUGGUUAUCCAUGCCCCUCCGGAGUGCUACCCGCCCCUGGAAGGCCUGAAGAGGAACUACAAUGAUGCCGAGAAUCGAGUGCAGUUCAGAUCCAAGCAGAACGUGGACUAUGCGUAUCUCCUCAGCUUCGCUGCCAACCUUUCCUCCUACUACCUCAUGAUUGAGGACGACGUGCAGUGCUCCAAGUCCUUCUUCACUGCCAUCAGGAAGGCAGUGGCAUCCCGGGAAGGCUCCUACUGGGUCACGCUGGAGUUCUCCAAGCUGGGCUACAUUGGCAAACUCUACCACUCCAGCGACCUGCCCCAGCUGGCCCAGUUCCUGCUGCUGUUCUACCAGGAAAUGCCGUGUGACUGGCUGCUGGGGCACUUCCGCCUGCUGCUCACCCAGAAGGAGGUGAUUCGCUUCAAGCCGUCCCUCUUCCAGCACAUCGGCCUGUACUCCUCCUUCCAGGGGGUGGUCAAUCGGCUGAAAGACAACGACUUCGAGGCAGAUUCCUUGGACUUGCCUGACAACCCCCCAGCUGUGAUGUUCACAGACAUAGACACCUUUGAGAACUACCUGCCCAGCAAGGCCUAUGGCACGAUGCCGGAGUACUUCUGGGGGAAAGCCCCAUCUGCCGGCAGCCACUUCACCAUCGUGUUCCACCAGCCUGCCCGUAUCUCACGGCUCCAGGUCCACACCGGCUCCGAGGAGCGCCACACCGACUAUCUCCACUCAGGGGCCGUGGAGCUGGGCAGCCAGCGGCAGGGGAAAGGCAAGGGCUGCUCUACAUACACCCACGUCGGAGCCUUUGAGAAGGGACACUUUGAACGGAGCGGCUUGGAGAACAGCACGGCUGCCGCCCCGGAGUGCGUGCGGAUCCUAGUGACAGAGAGUCAGAGCGAAUGGCUGAUCAUCCGCAGCAUCAGCAUCUGGACCAAACCAAACAGCUAA